GCAUUUAUCUCAAUCCUAAGUUCUCCUAUCAGAAGCUGUCUGGCUACCAUAGGACACAACCCACAGGUGCUGUGGCUGCUGCUGUACUACUAAGAACAAUGCAGUGCUGGACCAGGACUGUGAUGGAGGGAUGAGGACUUAGCACGAAGUUUUGGUAGCUGUGCACAAGGGUUAAUCCCCCGUAAGGCCAUGAAGUUUGGUGCCAUGAAUCACAAGGGAUGUUCACAGAGAUCAGAGAGCAUGGGGCUACACUGAGAAGUUUUGAGUAGGACCCAACACGAUGGGACAGCAGAAGUUAAGGUUUAUUUGGCCAUCCUAGAAAAGAAUGGCACAUUUACCGAAGUGCUAAAACCCCGACACGCCUACAGUUUAACAGGUUAAACAAUGUUGGCUUUUCAAGCUCUACUUGGUUUGUGGAGGCAGAACAGAUCUUCAUUCUGCACUUUCCUCCACAGCCACCACACAAAUCCCCUCUUCUCCACACUCUUCCUCCUCCCCCCGGGACCCAUGGGAGCAGCAGCUACUGAUGUGUGGCAGCCACAUCGUAUUCCUGACAGAAAGACCUGCAGCCCAAAGCACGAGGAAAGGAGAGGAAAAGCAUCUCAGAGCCAUACCAAAGACAGCAGCAGAGGCAAUUUGCCCAAAGGCGCUUUUAAAAACCACAGGAAAAGAUUUAUGUUUUCCCUAUGUAAUGCGGCUUUUCCCCCUUUCCAAAUAAACGCAGUUAACAACAGUGUUUUGACUAUUUCCAAGCACACUCUCAGAAGUCACCUCCCCUCGACCUACCCGGGCCCAAGCUCCCAGGAGUGCACGCCAAGGAGCUGGGUGGCCAUGCCAUACUGGCUCCCAUCCAGCUCUUCUGUAAGUUGUGCUGAAACGCUGUUAAAUAUUCUCCCCAUACUUUUCUACCCCAACAUCCCCGCAGCUGCCAGGAGGAUAUUUCUGUCGCAAUGGGGAGGGCACGUGGCCAGGAGACACUUUGUCACGGGAGGUGUCCUACGGUCCUGAAGAGGAAAACAAAUCACUUCCUAUCAUCACACGCACCGACCCGACUGCAGAAUGCAUCCCUUCUGCCCACCAGGGCAAGGCAUACCAUCAAAAAUACAAAAAAUAAGAUUUUAGAAGUGGCUUAUUUGGACAGGCCUCCUCCCCCCAGAGCGUUGCUACAGUAAGCAAGGAUAAACCCAACACACGCCACCCAGAAAGCAGCCGUGACCACUGCAGCCAAGAGCCCACUUUGGAAACGGCGUGGAAGUUCGGCACAGCAGAUGGCUGACAAGGCAGCCAUGUAAAGGAGGGGGGGAAGGAAUUUUCUAACGCAACGCGGUGACAGCCGCGCUCCCGGCCAUGCGGGCAGGCCCACGGGUGGACCCGGCUGCGUCCCGGCACGCCGAGGUUGCCCCACUGAACUUUUGACCCGGUGCCGGCUGCCCCCUCCCCAGCCCGGUUUGAAAAGCGCCGGGGCCUCGGGCUCGCCAGGCGCCUGCAUCUGCCGGAGUGAGCCAGCAUGGGGGCUGCCCCUGCCCCGAACAAUGCCCGGCGCCCGGCCUGAUGGAUGCGUCUUCAAGGGAGCUCGGGCUGCCCUGGUCCAAGGAAAAAGGAAAAACAUCUGCCAGCCAAGUCUAUGGCUGCAAAGGGCAGCCCGUAUUUGGAGACUUCACUUUCUUUGAGGCAGCAAGUGCUGGGCAAAAGGGUUGUGUUUAGAGAGAUAAGAGUAUGAAAGAGCUCCUUGCUGCCUCGCUUUGACCAAGUCCCUAAACUUCUCACUGGAGAACCUGCUAGGUGCGGGAGGAUGCUCCAGAUGGCCUCUGCCUCGCAAUGCAACCCAAGCAGGCCAGCCAGCAGAGCCAUCAGCACAAAAGAAAAGAUAAUGUCACCUUCUUACUUAGUGAAGCAUAUUGGAAAAUGAGGCUCUGCAGCAAUUGAUGCAGCAUAAUCUUAAGUUAAAACCAGAGCAAUGGAAGGAAGUUGGGGGGAUACUUGUUAUAAAAACAUUGGGGGGUGCAAAAACUAUUGCCUCUGCAAUCAUGCUGCAAGAGGUCAGCACCAAAUGCCACCUGAGGUCUUAGACAAGGUAGAGCCACCAGAGCCAGGUGUGAGGGCAGGAGAGCUCUGCUAUCCUGGGACAAGGAGAUCCCACCACGGGGAGCUGGUGGCAUCUGUCUGAGGGAUGCAGGAACACGGCCGCACAAGCCUUACUGUGUAUCUCUCAGUUUGAGCACUGCCACCCUGCAGCUCAAGUCCCCCCCCUGCCAAGGGACGGUGGCUUUUGGGGAAGGGACACCACAAACCACCCUUGUAUAUCCACCCUUGUAUGUCCACAGGCACACCAAAGCUGAAGAGAGAGCAUGGUGCUGCUGCACAACAUUGCUCCACGUCUUCCCAGCACUGCCCAAUGGCUGGGAAGAAUCUCAGACACCCAGAACAGGCAGCAGACUCGAACCCAAAGGGAAAGCAAACCCAAAAGCCACGUGCAGCACCGCUCAUGGAGAGCACAACAGAACCACACGAGCAGCCCCUUUGAAAGCCAUUCGUUUCAUACGGCAAAGAGGCUCCGCGUGCCACUCCUGAGAUCCUCAGUGCCACGGAUGGGGCUGGAUGGGAGGGAACAGAACGGGGAUAGUCAGCCAUGCAGGGCUGCGGGGAACAGGAAGGAGCUGCCCGUAUGUUGCAGACAGCCCCUGACAGCUGCACUCACACAAGCCGAUGGGACCGGUGGUCUCCAACCUCAUCCCUUAGGGCACACGUUCCCGGUAACGCUUACAGAAGGGAGGCAGCACCCGGCGCUCCUCGGGACGAGGCGAUGCGUCUCAGCGACGGGAGCAGGGCGGUGGGACCCCCCAAAACAUGCGCCGAGAGCCCGAGGGGUCCCGCACCACCUCGGCCCCGCGAUCACCGCACGUUCGGGUUCCUCCGAGCCCCGCGCCUCCCCGCGAUGGCUCUACCACCGCGGAAGGGAUUCCCCCUCUUCAGAGAUCCGCGCCCCGCCCGAGGAGUUUCGGCUCUUCGGGGCUUCGCGCAUCCCGUGGAACUUCGGAGCAUCUCCGGAAUUCGUGUUCCGGCGCAGCCGCUGCCCCGCAGCCCCGCGUGACGGCGAGGUGCCGGCACGGAGCCGCUCCCGGCGGCACAAAAGGGUCCUGCCGGGGCAUCUCCCACCGGGACGCGCUCCGUCCGCAACAUUUGUAGCCGAGGCAGGAAACGCGCACAGAGCCCCGGCUAGCCGCGCGGAAAUAAGAAUUGGGAUAACGCUUAUUAAACAACAACAACAAAAAUCCACGAGAAAGUUGCGGAGGACAGCGUGCCCUGGGCGGAGGUGCGGGCACAAUGCCGCCACGGACGCGGGCGGGGUCCGCCCAGGUGGGAUCCCCGCGCCCCAACAAAGAGCCCGGUCCGGGCACUCCGGGGAUCACCAGCUAGAGUGA